AUGCGAGCACUUUUGGUCAUUGCCAACGUUGUCCCUGCAAAGGCGUUUUGCGCCUGUGCGGUGCUCCGGGAGGAGACUCUGCCAGUGGUCAGAAGACAUUUGGCGGCAUUGGCCAAGUGUGGCUUCCCUGUCCUGUACCAGGACAGAGAGACCACCAUCUGGGGAAAAGCUGCUCCGGCCGAAGAGGAAAAGACAGGAAAAGUGAAGUACUGGCAGCUGGCCAAGUAUUUCUUCAAUAAAGAAGGAGAUUUUAACAAUCUAACAGCUGCUGCAUUUCACAAGAAGUCUCAUCUCUUGGUCACUGGCUUUGCUUCUGGAAUCUUCCAUCUUCAUGAGCUGCUGGAAUUCAACCUCAUCCACUCGCUGAGCAUCUCAGAUCAAAGCAUCGCCUCAGUGGCCAUCAACAGCUCUGGGGACUGGAUCGCCUUCGGCUGUUCACGUCUGGGCCAGCUGCUGGUGUGGGAGUGGCAGAGCGAGUCCUACGUGCUCAAGCAGCAGGGCCACUUCAACAGCAUGGUGGCCCUGGCCUACUCGCCUGAUGGACAGUACAUCGUGACCGGCGGGGACGACGGCAAGGUCAAAGUGUGGAACACCCUCAGUGGCUUCUGCUUUGUCACUUUCACGGAGCACUCCAGCGGGGUGACUGGUGUGACCUUUACUGCCACCGGCUAUGUCGUGGUGACCUCAUCCAUGGACGGGACCGUGCGAGCCUUUGACCUUCACAGGUACCGAAACUUCCGCACCUUCACCUCCUCACGCCCCACCCAGUUCUCCUGUGUGGCGGUGGAUGCGAGUGGGGAGAUCGUCUCUGCGGGGGCGCAAGACUUGUUUGAGAUCUUUGUGUGGUCCAUGCAGACAGGCAGGCUCCUUGAUGUUUUGUCCGGACACGAGGGACCCAUCAGUGGUCUGUGUUUUAACCCAAUGAAGUCCAUCCUGGCCAGUGCCUCCUGGGACAAGAUGGUGCGGCUGUGGGACAUGUUUGACAGCUGGAGGACCAAGGAGACACUGGCCCUGACCUCUGACACCUUGGCUGUGACUUUUCGCCCUGAUGGUGCGGAGCUGGCUGUGGCCAUGCUGAACUCACAGAUCACCUUCUGGGACCCCGAGAAUGCAGUGCAGACGGGCUCCAUCGAGGGCAGGCAUGACCUGAAGACGGGCAGGAUGGAGCUGGACAAGAUUACAGCCAAGCACUCAGCCAAGGGGAAAGCCUUCAGCAUCCUGUGCUACUCCGCAGACGGCCAGGGCAUCCUGGCGGGAGGCAUGUCCAAGUUUGUGUGCAUCUACCACGUCUGCGAGCAGGUUCUCAUGAAGAGGUUUGAGAUCUCUUGUAACCUGUCUCUGGACGCCAUGGAGGAAUUUUUGAACUGAAGAAAAAUGACAGAGUUUGGCAACCUGGCACUAAUUGAUCAAGAUGCUGGGCAGGAGGAUGGAGUGGCGAUACCACUGCCAAGCGUCAAGAAAGGUGACAAGAGUUCUCGGCACUUCAAACCCGAGAUCAGGGUGACCUCAGUUCACUUCUCUCCCACUGGGCGCUGCUGGGCGGCCACCACCACGGAGGGGCUCCUCAUCUACUCCCUGGACAUGCGCGUGCUCUUCGACCCAUUCGAGCUGGACGCCAGCGUCACCCCCAGGCGGGUGUGCGAGGCGCUGCGCCGGCAGGACUUCACCCAGGCCAUCCUCAUGGCCCUCCGGCUCAACGAGAGCAAGCUGGUGCAGGAGGCCCUGGAGGCGGUGCCUAGGGACGAGAUUGAAGUGGUCAGCUCCUCCCUUCCUGAAUUAUAUGUGGAGAAAGUGCUUGAGUUCUUAGCUUCCUCCUUUGAAGUGUCUCGCCACGUGGAAUUCUACCUCCUCUGGACUCAGAAACUGCUCAUGUUGCAUGGACAGAAGUUGAAGUCCAGAGCCGGGACUCUGGUGCCUGUGAUUCAGUUCCUCCAGAAGAGCAUCCAGCGGCACCUGGACGACCUGUCAAAACUCUGUGGCUGGAACCGCUAUAACAUGCAGUACGCACUAGCAGUUUCCCAGCAGCGUGGCACAAAACGCCCCCUGGAGCCACUGGGAAGUGAGGAGGAGGAGGCAGAAGCACCUGAAGAGGACAGCUUGCACCUGCUCAGAGGAGCAGGCAGAGACUCGAAAGAAGAGAUGCUGGCCUAGAGCCGGCCGGCUGCAGCACAGAUUGUGCCGGCUAAGACCUGCCAGGGACAUGGGACCAUCAUGCCACCUGGGCCAGCAAAGAGGAGGGGUCCAGAGAGCAGCUGAAAUACUGUCACUGGUGGUAGGGACUUGCUUUUCUGCAAAGGAAACAUGAAGCUCAUCAGGACAGCGAGCUGACGGGCCAUACCAGGGGCCGGCACGCACUGGCACCGGCACCAGGAGCGGGGCUGUGUGAACAGUGAGGAAUUCUGAAAAUGCCUCUCAGAAAGGUCAAUAGCUUCACGUGAACUUUGUAUGAGACUUAUUUAUAUCUCUAAUAUAAAGGUUUGAUAAAGGACUUAGAGAUAAAAAAGAUGGGGUUUUCUAACAUG